AUGAGCAAUAAAAAGGGUAUCUAUAAUUUUCAAUUGAAGGUGGAUAAUGCUUAAGAACUUUUAAAUUCAGUACUCUUUUGGAAAUAUUUAAAUGAAACAGAGACUAAAAUAAUCAAAAAUAAUAAUUUAUAAGAUGAUAUUGCACAUUUCUAAAUUGAGGUGAAAAAUCAAAAAAUUAUAGAAUAUUGGUAUCAAAAUUCACAAAAUAUUCAAGAAAAAGUGCAUAGAAAACUUUCAUAAUAGACAAAUUUAGUGGAUAAGUUUGAUUGUCUUAAUUUAGUUGUGAAUUGCAAAACUUAAAAAGAACACAUAUAAUUAAAUUAAAUACUUUAUUAUUAAUAUGGGUCAAAAUAAAGAAUAAUCAAUUUUAAUGAAUAAUAAUUAAUCCAUUUAGAUUCCAAAAGCGAAUAAAUCAAAUUUAUUCUUGAAAUUUAAGAUAGUGAUUUUUAGAUUAAAGAAGUAACAUUUCAAAUUGACUUACAUUAAUUAAAACAUCCUAAAAAUAGUUUAUAUUAUUUGGAAAUCUUAGAAACUGAUUUAGAACAACUCAAUUAUAGUUAUUAGAAUUUUAAAUCCAAAAAUGGGUAAUUUGAAUUCAAAAAUUUGACCUAGAAAAAGAACAAACUUGAGGAUAUAAUUUUUUUAAAAUAUUCAUAAUUCUAAUAGGAUUGGAACUAAAGAGAAGAAUUAUGUUAGACUUUCUAAACAGUAACUCAAAAUUUGGAAAGUAUUUUAAAACCUAUGAAAACAUACCCUGAUUAAUUUACUUAAUUAAACAAUUUCUUUAAAGAGAAGUAAUUUACAGAAUACGAUAAGUAAUCAGAGAUAUGUGAUUCAUUUUAAAAAGAAGAUCAAAAAAAAAUAUCUUAAACCUUCCAAUAUGAAAUAAAACAUAGAACAUUUGAGAGAGAAAACAGUUUAAGAAUUUAAAAUUAAGAUGAGGAGGCCAAAUAAAAUAGAAAGAUCAAAGAUCAAAUGAUCAUAAAGGCUAAUAAAUUAAUGUAAGAAUAUUAAACCAAGUAAAAAGAAUCAUCAGUAGACAAAUGUGACAAUGUGUAAUCGUCAAUUUUAUAACCAAAAAUUAUUGAAAAAAAUCAAUCCUAAUAGGAUUUAUAAAAAUAAAAUUAAGAAAUGAUUGAUUUUGAAAUUCAUUAGGAUAAAAUAAUAAAAGAUUAUUAAAGUAACAUAGAGAGUUUACAAGUAGUUAUACAUAACUUAAAAAUUUAAAAUGUAAAGUUAAAAGAAGAAAAUUAAGAAAUGAAAAAGAAUUUAUAAAGUUUUCAAAACUUUAGAAGAAGUAGAUUUAUUGAUCCAACCAGAAACGUUAAUUCAAUAUGUAAUAAUAAUUUUGUAUUAAAUCCUGUAAUUGAGGCUGCAAAAUAAAUAAUUUAACCAGAUCUUGAAUAAUGCUAAAAGUUUAAGUAAUCAAUUGAGAAAAUGACUUUUAAUCAAAUGAUAUCAAAAAAUUAAGACCUCUAUUCUUAGCGAACAGCGACGCAGUGGAGAAGAAAUUCAUGA